GGUCACUUUGCGUCGUCGAUCACCGCACCAUCAUGAAUGUGAACGUGAACGUCGGCAUCCUUGGACAUGUAGACAGCGGGAAGACCAGUCUCGUCCGUUCAUUGAGCACGCACUUGUCGACGGCAGCCUUGGACAAGAAUCCGCAAAGCAAAGCUCGCGGCAUCACGUUAGACCUCGGGUUUUCGUCCUUUCUUCUCCCAUUAGAGGAUGCCCCGACGUCCUCGCCAAGGGCGGCGCAGAUCACCCUAGUCGACUGCCCUGGCCACGCGUCGUUGAUCAAGACCGUGAUUGGCGGUGCCCACAUCAUCGACAUGGCGGUGCUCGUGAUUGAUGUGGUCAAAGGUAUCCAGAUGCAAACCAUCGAGUCCAUGGUGCUUGCAGAACUCUCGACGCCGCACGUCCUUGUUGUCCUCAACAAGAUCGAUCUCUUGCCUGUGGAGACGCAGUCGGCACAGAUUACCGCCAUGACCAAGACGAUCCGCGAGUUCCUCUCGGCUUCUCCAACACUCCACGCGGCUCCAAUUAUCGCUGUGGCUGCUGGAGAUGCCGAUGGAACCCGUGCCCCUCGUGGCAUGUCGGAUCUCUUGGCCGCAAUGCGAUCCCACCUCCACGUGCCGACUCGAUCCGCAGACGGACCACUUGUGUUUGCAGUUGACCACUGUUUUCCCUUGCGCGGAAAAGGCACUGUGCUUACUGGCACAGUUCUGAAUGGACAGAUCAAAGUCAACGACACGAUCGCGUUGCCCAUGCUUGGAGUCGAGAAGAAGGUCAAGUCGCUCCAGAUGUUCCAUGCAUCCGUGGACAGCGCUAUCCAAGGCGACCGCGUGGCCAUUCGCGUACAUGGCUUAGACUCUUCAACGAUGGAGCGCGGCCUCGCCAUCACCCCUCACAGUCUGACCUUUUCGUCCAACUUGGUCCUUCCAGUCCAUCAAAUUCGGUUCUUCUCGCUGCCGUGUCCGAGCGGCUCCAAAUUACACGUGACUGUGGGCCACACGACUGUGAUGGCCAAGGCAACGUUCUUCUACAACAAGAUGCAUUGCGCCAGUGACAACCCGCCGUUCGAUCCCGCGAUUGAGUACUCGUAUCUGCCCGUCCUCGACCCUCUGUCCGGUUCAGCAGCGUCCGAAGGAAAUAGCCCCCACCUGGCGCCGAGCGCCGUCUUGGUUCUCCUGCAGCUGGACCGGCCCGUUUUGUGUCCUCCGCACAGCCACGUCGUGUGCUCCCGACUUGACACAGACGUGAACCGUCAAGUAUGUCGCAUCGCGUUUCACGGACGAGUGGACGCCACGAUCGAGGACGUUGCCGCCUCGAUCCGCAUCGGGAAGGUGAAAGAGCGCCGCGGCGUGGUCGACAAGAGUCUGGACGACCCGUCCGUCGUAAUUGUCAGGGAUCUCUUUCGGAAGGAAACCAAUUGGGAUGUCUUUCGCCACCUUCGCGUGCAAAAUACACGGACGAAAGCUGUCGGCCACCUCGAUGGGCCAUUCGGAAAAGCGGGCAAGUGUCGUGCGAUCUUUGCAGCGACCGACGCGGUGGCUGGCGAUGUCGUCGUCCUUCGGUUUACAAAGACCUUGUUCCAAGACAAAGCGCACCACCUUCGACUGCGUCAAAACCCAGCGAUUUACGACGACCCAACAACGGCAACGCCCCGCGCCGAAGCCCUGAACUCUGAUGUGCGAGCCAAACAAGUCGUGGAACCACUCCUGGAAACCUUCGAAUGCGAGAAGUGCCGCACUGGACUCGUUGAACGACUCAAGGGGGAAACUGCACCGAAUGGAGCGAACCCGUCCGUGAUUGCGGCCGGUCUCUUUGCGACGGCGGAAGAAGCGGCCGAGUUUGUCGGCGCUGAAGUCGCAACGGAUGCAGCGGAAAUCGGUCAUGUUGAAGCGCUCUUUGGCAAAGCUGGCAAGGUGCGCGUCGUGUUUCCAUGCGGAGGCACCAUGGCCAAAGUCGGAGACACAGUCCGGCUGUUUGAAAAGUAAUGGCAGCUAAAAGUCUCCUAGAGUCGCG